AAAUUGGGAAGAUUGACCAAGAUAUAUAUAAAUACAACACCCCAGGAUUCACUGGCUGCCUAUCGCGAGUACAGUUCAACCAGAUUGCACCACUCAAAGCAGCUCUGAGACCUACGAACGCCUCCUCUCACGUCCACAUCCAGGGAGAACUGGUGGAAUCCAAUUGCGGAGCAUCUCCACUUACCAUCCCACCGAUGUCGGCCGCUACCGACCCGUGGCAUUUAGACUCAGCCAGUGCUGAUUUCCCAUACAAUGGUCAAGCUAUAGGAGAUGGAGUUAACAGAAACUCUGCCAUUAUUGGAGGUGUCAUCGCAGUGGUGAUCUUCACCAUCCUCUGCACCUUGGUGUUCCUGAUCCGCUACAUGUUUCGCCACAAGGGAACCUACCACACCAAUGAGGCCAAAGGGGCAGAGUCAGCUGAGAGCGCCGAUGCCGCCAUCAUGAACAAUGACCCCAACUUCACGGAGACCAUCGACGAGAGCAAGAAGGAAUGGCUUAUCUAA